GCCGGCCAGGACCGCCACGAACCGUUUCCCGCCGAGGCUCUGAGGGGGCGGCGGGCAACGCCUGUGGCAGGGAUCGAGGCCGGCCCACGGCGCUCGCCGCCCCAGGGCCGCUCCCCGCUGUAGCGCCCGCUCUGGUCCGGGAAGGGGGGAGCUGCGUCCUCGCCGCACUACCGGCCUCCGCCUCAUCAGCCCGGGCUCGGCCAUCCCCGGGCCUCAUCGGCGCAGCCGCCCGCCAGACUUUCCAGCCUAGUGAGGCAAUGGAGCGGGUGCUCUUCGGUGGGUGCCGGUGUGCCAUCGCACAACAGCUGACGGGACGCGUUUGUAGGCAACGGUGUCAACCCAGAGGCUGGAUCCAUCUGGCAGACCGGCAGCUAGGAGGGACCUUUUCUGUGGGAAGGGGGAAGGACGGAUUUGCUGUGCUCGCAGCAGCUUGUAUGAAGUGUCUACUGCAUGCCUUGGAUACAUGCUCCUGAUCAGCUUACAAGCUUUCCUUGACCUAUGUAGCUCUUCCUAAUGCUGAUCUGACUAUGGCUGUCCUCAAAGUAAAAUUCACGAAAACUAAGAGGGACAAACUGGCUCAGAUCUUAUGGAUCCUCAACUGGGUUUCUGUAGUGAGUGGAAUCAUUCUCUUCAGUCUUGGCCUCUUUCUGAAAAUAGAGAUCAAGAAGCGCAAUGAAGUGAUGGCAAAAGGGGACAUUAACUCUGUCCCCAACAUGCUGAUCUCUGUAGGAGUCAUAGCAUGUAUCAUCAACUUUCUGGGUGGCAAAAUCUGCUAUGACUGUUCGGACGCAAAGAAGUUCUCUCGAUGGAAAUUAGUUAUGCUCCCAUACAUCGUAUGUACCUUCUGUUUUACCUUCUGCAUCCUCGUGGGUGCUCUCAUGUGCUACACCAUGAGGAAUGAGCUGGAAGAGUCUCUCUAUCUGGGACUGAGGGAUGCUAUUAAGUUCUAUAAGGACACGGACAUACCUGGACGAUGUUUCUUAAAGAAAACAGUGGAUAUGUUACAAAUUGGAUUCCAAUGCUGUGGAAACAAUGGCUUUAGAGACUGGUUUGAAAUUCAGUGGGUAUCUGCUCGUUAUCUGAAUAUGGCUUCCAAUGAAGUUCUGGACCGUCUAAAGAGCAACGUUGAUGGAAAGUUCUUGGUGGAUGGAGUACCCUUCAGCUGCUGCAACCCAAGCUCCCCACGGCCCUGUAUCCAGUACCAGCUGACCAACAACAGUGCUCACUACAAUUACGAUUUUCUGACAGAGGAGCUCAAUAUCUGGGUGAAGGGGUGCAGAGAGGCCCUGCUGGAUCACUACGUGGCCAUUAUGAGAUCCGUCGGUAUUGCAGCAUUGCUCAUUUGGUUGUUUGAGCUUUCUGUACUUAUUGGUGUCCGGUACCUACAAACAGCAAUGAAGAAUGUCCUUCUCCUAGGAGAUCUGGAGGGUGAAUCAGAUGGUUGGUUACUGGAAAACAGCUUUGUGGAAACUGCCAAAUACAACAUCAAUAUCAUUAAGAACCUUGGCAAAGCCAAUCAGAUCUCCACUGUUUCAGGCAUUCAUGACCCCAAUAUUAACGUUCAAAACACAAACUGUGGCAAAACCAAUGUUACAACAAAAUCUAUCCCAGCAGCUAGCUAGGCAAGUGUUCAAAGAAGUGACAUCAUAAGUCUAGCUUUGACAUAUUACAGUCUUACAGUUACCAGAUUUUUCACUGGUAGGGGAAAAAAAAGGUAGGAAAACUAAUGAGACAAUUGAACAAACCACAGACUGGUGACAGCUCCAAAAAUGCUGAUACUACUUUGGCUGGAUGUAUUUUUACUCAUUCUUGUGAAAUCCCUGAUUUUUAACACUGCACAAAGCAAACUUUCAGAAUUUUCCCUACUUUCUCUCCCUUGCUUACAUCUGUCAUGGUCUAAAUACAUCAGAAUAACCAUUAUGCACAAGCAAAUGUUCCAGACAGGAUGAGUCUACACCUACUAACAUACAGAUUUGGUCUACUAGGUACCAACACAGUUGGUCAUUACUAUCAUUACAUCUAUAGAAAUCCCAGCAACAGGGAAAUCCCAAAAGAAAUUACUACACCGGAUAAAAAGAUUCUUUAAAAAAGGUGAUAACUGUGAAAUGAAAACUCUGUAAGUCCAAGUUAGGAUAGGGGAAAUUUUAGCCAGUUAUACAUAAGUUGUGGCCCUACUAAAAGAACCUACUAGCUGGAGGAAAUUGAGUUGAAGGCAAUGAGACUUAGCAUAAUGUAUUUCACUCCCCCCCUCCCCCCCCAAAAUAGUCUGAAGUAUAUCUUCAUUUGUCCCCACUCCAUAGUUCAGAGGAAGCCAACUACCCUACCUCCCUGAAAGUCAGUGGGUACUGCUGAAAAGAGUUCACUGCUCAAAACUAACUGACAGCUCAUGUUGGGAUAUUUAAAAUUCCAAGCAGCAUGUGAAAGCACAAGUUUAAAAACAAGCAGAUAGUUGCUGCCUUCAUUUGCCAAUGAAGGUAAAAGACUGACAGAUCUCCCAUCACGUUCCUAGUACGGCACUCAGGAACUUUGUCAAUGCACGGAGUGAAAGCUGCCUACUGCCAAGACACUUGUAGUUACAGGAUGCCCUAUGACUGUAAUUCAUCAUUAAGAGUAAGCAGGAAAAACUUAUCCUCUAUUCUGUAUAAGACCAAAUUACACAUGUUACUUGUUAUUGUUGUGAAUAAUACAUUGUUUGAAUAUGACUUUGGACAGCUUGUGCAUUCAUAGUGUAUAAUCAAGUAAAAGAAGCUACAUCACCAGGAUAUUCAAAGUAGAACUAUUCCUGCUUUUGAAAUUGUGCAAAAGUAACAGUAAAAAUCCAUUUACCCAUUUAAACAAUGUUGCUUUCUAUUUCUAUAAUGCUAGGAUAAGCAAGAAUUAUAAUGUAAGAAUAUAUUGUAAAUAAAGUGUGUGAUGUAAAAGUCUAUACUGUAAUUCAAGCAGGCUAUACGCAUUAUCAUAAUUUCAAAUACAACUUCUUCGCUACUUAAAAUUUUAGGCCUAUACUUAAGUAUGUUAAAAAUAAAACCAGACAGAUGGGGAUCUGUCAGCAAUAGUCGCCUGUAGCAGAUGUUUUGCAAAAGGCACAUAAGAGGCAAGACCAUGAGAAAAGGGUUCUUUCCCUGAGAAAGCACUUUGGGACUUGGUAUGGCAAAGAGGGUAUUUGUAUCACUGUGUUGUAAUAAAUCUCAGUGGGCAUUUUUUUC